AUGAAAGAGCAAAGGCGGAAUCCGUCUGGUGAAGCAGUGGGGAGCCCAAAGAAAGCCAAGAAGCGCGAAGCUGGAGAAAUCUGCUGUGGCUGUUGUCGUGUGGUUGGCUUUGGAUCUACCUAUGUGUAUGUACCUGUGUGUUUGUGUCUGAUGUGUAUCAACUUUGGCCUUUCCUCACUUGUUGGCUAA